AUGCUUAAGAGUAUACCACGCACCCUGUUGUUCCUUGGCUUAGCUGGUAUGCCGUCAUUCAUUGCGGCGAAGCCUAUGCCCUUUUCUGGCGCGACUGUCGCUCAUUACAAUCAACGCGACAUCUUGUCCCUCCUCCACCCUGAACCUGAUCCGUUGUCAUCGGCGCCUGGAGAAACAUACAUAGUUCGGCCAGGCGACACUGCAUGGAACAUUGCCACGAGUCAUGAUAUCACUUUCGAAGAAUUGAAGAAAGCAAAUCCCUCCGUGCAAGAUUGGGACAACAUAUUGGUUGGGCAAGCCUUGAACAUCCCCGGACCAUGCAACGGCGGUCUGCCAGGCCCACCUCCUUGGACGCCCAACCCGAAUGAUAUCCAAGUCAUCGAGGCUCUAGCAGUGCACAACCUUGAUCAAGAUGAAGGUGCUCCAUUACAAGAUGUCUACUCAACCUUCCAGGGUGAUGGCUCAUUGCACUCAAAUUGGCCUGCGAAGUCGCAAUGGGUAUCUUUCAACGCGAUGUGGAAUCAUGUGGAGCCGGGUCUGGGACGGACCUGUGUUGGUGGUGUCCAGAGCAACUCGGAGCAGGAAACAAAGGACCUGAAGGAUGCCAUACUGACCAUAUCGGCUGAAUUUCUGAUCGAUCCUCGGUUCGUACUUGCCGUCGUCUUGCAAGAAUCGAAUGGUUGUGUCAGAGUCGCGACCACAACCCCAUCAAAUGAAAUCCGGAACCCCGGCGUGAUGCAGACGUCCAAUGGAGCAGGUUCCUGCAACGAUGGUGUGGAAGUCUCUCCAUGCCCCCAAAAUGAGAUUUACAAGAUGAUUUUGGAUGGUGUCCACGGAGGCGAUAACAACUUGGUCAAGGCUAUCAACUCGGCCAGCUUCGUUCCAGGGUUGGGUCCAGCAGAAGAAGCGCAGGCAUUCUAUCGUGCUGCCAGGACGUAUAACUCAGGAUUCUCCAGCUUCACUGAUGGUGCUGAUCUCGCUCAAAAUGGAGCCAUGGAAUGUUAUUCUAGCGAUAUUGGAAAUCGUCUGCUUGGUUGGUAUUCGGCGGAGCAUACUUGUUGGCUCAACCAUGAUUGA